AUGUUGAGGAGUACAUCGCCCCAUGGCAUUACACCUUCCCGUACCUACAAACCUGCUUUCUCUCUCAGUGCAAGAACUUCGUCCUCGUCUGUAACCUCAAAUCCAAAGAAAUCUUUGUUCCAGGAGCUCCAAACGCAGCUUUCUUUCAGGAUCGAUGAAGCCUCAAAGGUGCUGAAGAAUACGCCGCAGAUGCUUCUGGAUGCAGUAGUUGACUCAACCUUCAAAUUUAGUGAUCAAACUCUGCACCCAUCUGAGAGCAACUUUGCACCAGUUGAUGAGAUCGGUGGACCCAUAGAGAUACUCCAGAUCGAGGGAGAGAUACCGGAAGAUUUCCCAGAGGGCGUAUACAUCAGAAAUGGUUCCAAUCCCCUCUUUGGCGCUCUCCACUCCACUACAUCGGUCUUUGGAGAGUCCAGUGAAAUAUGGGUUGAGGGCGAGGGAAUGCUCCAUGCCCUCUUCUUCACCAAGAGCCGUUCAGAUUCUUGGUCAGUCUCCUAUGCCAACCGCUAUGUGCAAUCCGAAACAUUGAAGAUCGAACAAGCCCGUCAGAAGCCAUGCUUCCUCCCUGCAAUCGAAGGCGACUCUCCGGCCAUCAUCGUCGCCUACAUUCUUAACUAUCUGAGGUUUGGCAAGGUGAACAAGAACAUCAGCAACACCAAUGUGUUUGAACAUGCAGGUAGGGUGUACGCCGUUGCUGAGAGCCAUCAGCCGCAGGAAAUCUGCAUACGAAAUCUUGAGACAGGCAAUACCUGGGACAUCGGCGGGAAAUGGGAUCGGCCCUUCACUGCUCACCCAAAGGUAGCUCCUGGAUCAGGAGAGCUUGUAAUCUUUGGUUCAGAUGCAAAGAGGCCUUUCCUAGUUGUUGGGGUUGUCUCAGAUGAUGGAACCAAACUAAAACAUAAAGUUGACGUCAAGCUGGACAGAUCUACACUUUGUCAUGACAUAGGAGUUACUCUAAAGUACAAUAUAAUCUUGGAUUUACCUCUUACAAUUGACAUCGAUAGACUCACUAAAGGUGGCCAGCUGAUCGAAUUUGAGAAGGGAAGUUAUUCAAGAAUUGGGGUUAUGCCCCGCUAUGGUGAUGCAGAAUCAGUUAUGUGGUUCGACCUUGAACCAUUAUGCAUGUUCCACCUUAUCAACUGCUUCGAAGAGGGUGAUGAGGUUGUUGUCCAGGGCUUCCGUUCAGCUGACUCGAUCAUACCAGGGCCAAGACUAAACAAACAUGACAUGGUGCCGGAAACAUCAGAACUUAAGACCAGGAAACACGAAAUUAAUGAGAAACUAUUCUCUCGCUUAUAUGAAUGGAGAUUAAACCUGGAAACAAAGACUGUUUCAGGGGAAUAUUUGACUGGAACCAAGUGGUCUUUGGAAUUCCCAAUGAUCCACAACAACUACACAGGCGUGCGUCACAAUUAUGCGUAUGCACAAAUAGUGGAUUCUUUAACAAGAUCUGGAGCCAAUAGUGAAAAAGUACUCCCGAAAUAUGGAAGUUUAGCAAAACUAUGCCUGGAAGAAAGAGAGAAUGUGACAGAGACAUCGGCCAAGGAUCCAGUAAAGAUGGAAAUUCAUCGGCUCGGUGAAGAUCGGUUCUGCUCUGGAGCAUCAUUUGUUCCAAGAGUUGGUGGCACACAUGAGGAUGAUGGGUGGAUAAUUUCUUUUGUACAUGAUGAAAAAACUAAUACAUCACAGGUGCUCAUUAUUGACACACAGAGAUUUGAAGGUGCACCUGUUGCCAAAAUAACAUUGCCGCAAAGAGUACCUUAUGGCUUUCAUGGAACUUUUAUUCACAACAACACAAAUGGACGUGUGAAUACUAAACCAGCAAAAAACUGGACAGCUUAA